AGAAAGAGUAGCAGUAGAGAGGAAAGCGAAAAGGGGAAAAAAGGAAAAAAAGCUUGAACGUGAGCUUCUUCUGAACAAGAGGAAGAAGAAGAGCAACAACAACAAUGGCGAAGUACGCCAGCCUUUUGUUUUUGGUAGCUAUCUUCAUAGCGACCUUAGUAAUCUCAUCUUCAAAAGUCGAUGCCAGUAGCGAUUAUCAAUUAGGUUGGAUUCCGGAGAGAUCCACCUGCGAUGGAUCGAUCGGAGAAUGUCUCGAGGGUGAAGAGUUCGAAAUGGACACAGAGAUCAAUCGUCGCAUUCUAGCUGCCGCUCGUUACAUAAGCUAUGGGGCACUGCAGCGUAACAGCGUCCCUUGCUCCAGACGAGGUGCCUCUUACUACAAUUGCAGGAGAGGAGCUCAAGCUAACCCUUAUAGCCGCGGUUGCAGUCGCAUUACUCGAUGUCGGAGUUAGUUUUCUUCCUUUUUUUUCUCCAAUUUCCUUUCCUUUCCCCUUCUUCUUCUUUUUUUCUUUUUUUCUUUUUUUUUUCUCUGGUAAAGAGGGUUGUGGCCUGUGGGUGAACUGGGUUCGUUUGUUUUACAUUGGGAAAGGAGGAAAAGAAAAAGGUUGGUGUUGCUCUCUGUAAGGAAGGAAUUGGGGAUAUGGUUAUAUUUCUCUUGUCAUAAUAAUACUCUGGCUUCUUUGUGUAAAAC